GUCGGGGGGGGUAGGGGUGCUGCGCGGUCACGUGCCCUCCAUGGCGGCGCGGGCUGGGGGCGGCUCCUGGCGGCGCGGGCUGGGCCGGGGCCGCGCUCACCGCCGGGGCCCUCAUGGGAGCCGGCGACGUGAUCGCGCAGCAGCUGGUCGAGCGGCGGGGGCUGCGCGAGCACCACGGCAGACGCACCCUGAGGAUGGUGGCGAUCGGCUGCUGCUUCGUGGGCCCCGUUGUGGGUGGAUGGUACAAGGUGCUGGACCGGCUCGUCCCGGGGGCCACGAAAGCCGUGGCUGUGAAGAAGAUGGUCCUGGACCAGGGCGGGUUUGCACCGUGCUUCCUCGGCUGCUUCCUCGCCAUCACAGGGGCCGUGAACGGUCUGUCUGUGGAGGAAAACUGGUCCAAGAUCCAGCAGGACUACGUGGAUGCGCUGCUCACCAACUACUGUAUCUGGCCACCGGUGCAGAUUGCCAACUUCUACUUCGUCCCUCUGAGCCACAGGCUGGCAGUUGUCCAGUGCGUGGCCAUUGUCUGGAACUGCUACCUCUCCUGGAAAGCAAAUCGGGUGUGAGGGGAGAGGCUGUGUCCCGGGGCUGCCCCCACUCCCUGUCUGCCUCCUGAGCGCACCACCUCCAGGCUUUGACUGUGGUGGCCACGGAUGCGUGCAGGGCGCUGUCCCCGCUCUCUUUAUGGGACCCCUACUGCCUGGUGCUGCGGCCGUUGCUGCUGCUCUUGGGGGGAGCAGGUUUGGCCGGGGCCAGGGGCUGCUCCAGGGGGCCCUGUGGGGCUCUGCCUGUUGGUGCAUUCCUCCAUCCAUGCUCCCUGCUCUGCCCAGCCCUGCCCCGCACCUGGGGUGUUUCUCCUUGGGGGCGGCUCUGUCCUCUUCCAGUGGGCUGCUGGGGAAGGAUGAGGGCUUGGAGCAGCACCGGCCUGGUGCAGACCCCAGUGUGCAGCACCACGGCUGGGGCACGGCUCUGCUCCGUGCUGCCUGGCCCCAGCCCCUCUGUCCCAGCAGCCACAGGCCCCGGCAGCCACUGCUGUUCUCCAGCUACACCUCCAGUGGGAACGGGAUUUCUGUGUAGCUCUACUCCUGACAGCCGGAGCACCCAAUAAACGGCGCUGUUCCCAGCU